AUGGGGUUCGGUGUCGUCCAGAACUCUCCAGUUGCAUUUUGUAGCUAUGCCUGGCGAAACGAAGGUAACGUCUAUGGAGGAGAGUGUAGCUUCGGAGGUGUUGACCCUUGUACCGUCUCCGGAGUUAAUACAAACCAUGUUGGUGUCAAUUUGGCCACCCCGUGUCUGACAAACCCUUGUAUCAACGGAGGAUUCUGUUCAGUCAUUACCAACACCCAGGCUUACAUCUGCACGUGCCCCACUGGCUACAGUGGCAACAACUGCCAAAUUGAUCUUGCCAACCCAUGUGGUAGCAACCCUUGUCUCAACGGUGGUACCUGUUUCCCAGCGACCAGUGAUUACGCUUGUAACUGUCCCUUAGGUUGGCAAGGACUGCGUUGUGAAACGGCUGUUGUGAACCCUUGUUCCAGUUACCCAUGUCAGAACGGUGGUCGUUGUCUAACCAACACAGUCACUGAGUACGUGUGUCAGUGUACAGCAGGAUACGGUGGCACCAACUGCCAAACAGUUUCAGACCCGUGUUUCAGCAACCCUUGCCUGAAUCAAGCUGAAUGCCUCAACCUGGGCAGUGCCUAUCACUGUAGCUGCCUGCAAGGUUUUUCCAGUGACAACUGCCAAUUUGUUUCUAUUCCAGCUGACCCGUGUCUCACCCAGCCGUGCCACAACAAUGGUUUUUGUCAGGUGUACGAUCUGAACAGGGAGUACCGAUGCUUCUGCAGUCAGAAUUACGCUGGAACGCACUGCGAAAUAAGUCUUGUCCUUCAAAAUCCCUGUGACAGUUCCCCGUGCCAGAAUGGGGGAGUCUGUUUCCGUAGCAGCGUUCGAGAGAGCUACGUUUCUUCCUGUGUGAAUGACUUCACUGGAGUUCAUUGUGAAAACGAGCUUGAUCCGUGUUUGAGUAACCCUUGUGGCGUCGCUGGUACCUGUGUUAACCGGUUCACUAGCUACCUGUGUAACUGUGAAGAAGACUGGUCAGGUCUCAACUGCGAGACAUCACCUUGUAAUGAGAACCUGUGCAUGAAUAAUGGCCUGUGCUUUUUGUCUGGUACCCAACGUCGUUGCCAGUGUACAUCAGACUGGACUGGCGACCUCUGUGAAAUCGAUGCACUGGUGGUAAUGAGAGGUGUGGGGCCUCCAUUAGAGGGGCGUGUCCUCCUGCUUGGAGCCAGUGGGGUGACACAUGCUACAAGCAACUCAGCGAGAAUCUACCAUGGGCUGAGGCAAAACAGGAGUGCAUCAAGAUGGGAAGCGUGUUGGUCAUGCCACAGUCUCAGGAGGAAACUGAAUUCCUUCGGGAGAACCUAAGCAUCUGGUUUUGGAUCGACUGUAACGAUCUGGAAGCUAUUAUUGAGGAUCUGUGUAGCAGCGAUCCGUGUCAGAACGGUGGAACGUGCCAGCAACAAAUGUUUGAGUUUUUCUGCAAGUGUCUGUCUGCAUUCAGCGGCACACGUG